CUAAGACAUUAUACCAUCAUUGAGGCGGAACCGGGAAUGCGGUUGCAUUUCACAGUCGGACACUUGAACUUGUAAGACCGGAACCGGAAAGUGUAAGCGUGUUGUUUAUGUUUCCCUCUUAAUACCGAGUGAAUGCUGGAGAUAUAUCAUUGUGCCACAGAGACACGACCUGACAACUUAAUAACACGCAAGAUGACAUACCGAAAGCUACGUUGAUAAUGUCUUGGAAUAUGCGCGUUAUGACAGCAGUAAAAAGAAAAUCUAACGUCAGCAGUCAGCACAUUUUUUGAACACCCACACAUGCUUAUUUGUGAUUGAUAAAACAUUUAAAUGAUAAAAUAAGACGAGUACUGUUCAUUUACUUUCUCUUUCCCACGAUGAAUCCCCCCAGUUUGUUUGGAAAAACGCAAGGCGGCGCUUUUCAGGCCCCUGGUAACUCCAGCCGUAGUACUGGGUUGUUUCAGUCCUUCGGGCAGCCAGGUACUAGCAACACGCAACAGAAUGUGGCGUUCGGACAGACGUCGACGUUCGGGCAGGCAUCAGCUUUCAGCCAGCCUCCGGGCUUCGGCCAGAACCCUGGGCAGACUUCCGUCUUUGGCCAAACUCCUGCCUUUGGACAGACGUCAGCUUUGGGCCAGAGCUCCGUGUUCGGGACACCUACCAGUUUGGGACAAGCUUCUGGACAGUCAUCCGCGUUGGGACAGAACUCUGCCUUCACGUCUGGAUCAAUGAACCCCCCUGUGUUUGGUCAGUCGGGCCUGGGACAGGGAGCCUCGGGCUUUAACCCGCCACCGUCUUAUGCGCAGUCCAUUGGACAGACUCAGAGCUCCGUGUUUGGACAAACGUCCGCCUUCGGUCAAACCUCCGCGUUCGUACAGCCAACGGGUUUCACUCAACAGACGCCCGGAUUCGGUCUGUCCUCCAGUAUUUCCCAGUCCUCUGUCGGUUCCGCCCCUGCCUCGGGAUCGGGUCAGACCAUGAGCUUCAGCCAGCCCUCCUUCGGGCAAGCGUCCGCGUUUUCGUUGCCUGGCGCCACGUCGGGCUCGUCGGGGGGCGCUCAGAGCGUCGUUCAGAGCCGAGGGUUCGGGACGUCGGAGUUCAGCUUCAAGCCGUCGGACGAGGUUCUGUUCAAGCCCAUCUUCAGCGCCAGCCCCGAGCCGGCCGGCUCCCAGCCCGCCGCGGCCGCCGAACCGUUCGGCUCGGCCCAGCCGGCCGUCGCCAGCAUGGACAGCAGCGGCCCCGGCGGCUCCGGGUUCUCCCUCCUGACCGGCGACGCGCCCAACGCCCUGGACUUCAGCUUCUCCCAGCCCGCGGCGGCCCCCUCCAUCUCCUUCCCCGCCCCUGCCCUGCCGCACAAGGACCCGCUUCCCACCACCAGCGGCAAGCUGGAGUUCACCUUCUCCCAGCCGGCGGCGCCUUCCAACAGCGGCUCUGCCCCCCAGCCCGCCCCCGUUCCCAGCACCGCCUCCUCCUUCAGCUUCUCGCCCAAAGUCCUCCACCCCUCCGCGGGCCCCUCCGCCGGGGGGAGGGGCUUCGUCCAAGCGUCGGCCUUCGGGGAGCCGAAGGCCAAGCCGGAGGCCGGGGAUACGGGAGGAGAUGAGGAGAGCACCGGGGAGGUGCUGUUCGGGAGCCUGGGGAAAGGAACUAAGCGGAAGGAGGAGUCGGGGGAGCGGGACACCCAGGGGAAGAUGGGUAAGGCGGAGGAAACCCAAGCCGGAGGCGAGGCCGCCAGACACGCCGCCAAACGGCCGCUGAUGCGGACCCGCGCCCCGGGCGGGGGGCUGUUCCGCAACGCCAUGAGCAGCCUGCUGAAGUCGUCGGCCAACCCCGUCAAGAGGGAGCCCAGGAAGGAGGAGGAGCCCCCGCCGGAGUGGGAGGAGGUUGAGAGGCCUGAACCGCCCCUGAAAACCUUAACCCCGCCCAGAGCGCCGGCCCCUACCAGAGAAUUCACUGAGACGGCUGGGGAAACCGCGGUGGCAGCGGCGGCGGCGGCGGUGGAUCCCACAUCCCCGGCGAGGCGCGCUCGGAGGACGGAGAGCACGGACAGCCUGGGCGGGACCUCGCCCACGGACUCCACGAGCAUCCAGUGCAAGAACAUCCCGCCCAAGCUCAACGUCAAGGACGUCCUCCAGAAGCACUUUGGCCGCUUCGGGAGGGUGCGCAUGGUGCAGUGCCGGCCCAACAGGAACCUGGCCAUCGUUCACUUCCACGACCACGCCUCUGCUGCCAAGGCAAGGAAGAGGGGGAAGUCCUUACAUGGGAACGAGAUCCUCAUAUUCUGGCAGAGGAAGAAACUCAGUCCAGGAGAGAAAGGGGAGAUGGCUCCGGAGGAGAAGAAGGCGGCCAGAGAACGAGCGGACCCCAGAGGCGGGGGCUUCCAGCCCGCCGCUCUCCGAAAACCCCUCCCUCGCUCCCCAGCCGCCGGCACCAGCGCGUCCAUAACCAAAGGCUCUCCGGUGAAGAAGCCCAGCGUCGCCAAGUCCCUGCAGUUCGACACGGAGGCGCAGCCGGAGCCCGAAGCGGAGGGUUCGAGUCCGGACCGCCCGGCCGAACGCCUGCCCUCCUCCCUCCUGCACCUGGUGGGCCAGCUGUGCGAGAGCGCCGAGGAGAAGUACCGCCUGCUGGAGCAGAGGGACAAGAUUCUGCGGCAGGGCCGGCCCAAGAGAACGGACCUGGUGCUGUCCAAAGUGUUUGUGGGGACGUGUCCUGACAUGUGCCCGGAGAAAGAGCGCUACAUGAGAGAGACCCGAAAUCAGCUCAGCUCCUACGAGGUCGUCCCAAACACAGAGAAGGUGGACCACACAGCGGCCAUUAAAGAGUACAGCAGGUCGUCAGCUGACCAGGAAGAGCCCCUCCCCCAUGAGCUGAGGCCCCUCCCCGUACUGAGCAUGACCAUGGACUACCUGGUCACGCAGGUCAUGGACCAGGGCGAGGACAACUACCGCGACUGGUAUGACUUUGUGUGGAACAGGACCCGAGGUAUCCGCAAGGACAUAACCCAGCAGCACCUGUGUGACCCGCUGACCGUGUCCCUCAUCGAGAAGUGCACUCGCUUCCACAUCCACUGCGCCCACCACCUGUGCCAGGAGCCCAUGAUGUCCUUCGAUGCCAAGAUCAACAACGAGAACAUGACCAAGUGCCUGCAGAGCCUGAAGGAGAUGUACCAGGACCUGGCCACCCGGGAGGUCUACUGCCCCCGUGAGGCCGAGUUCCGCCAGUACAACGUGCUGCUCAAGCUGGACGACGGGGACAUUCUGCGGGAGGUGCAGCAGUUCCGCUCGGAGAUACGGAACUCUCCCGAGGUGCACUUCGCGGUCCAGGCCUUCGCGGCUCUCAACAACAACAACUUCGUCCGCUUCUUCAAGCUGGUCCGGGGCGCGUCCUACCUGUCCGGCUGCAUCCUCCACCGCUACUUCAACCAGGUGAGGCGGGAGGCGCUGAGGGCGUUGAACGUGGCGUACACCGUGGCUCAGAGAUCCACCUUCUUCCCGGUGGACGACCUGGUCAGGAUGCUGAUGUUCCGCAGCGCCGGGGAGGCCUCCGACUUCGCCCAGCAGUAUGGACUGAGCGUGUGCGAGGGGAUGGUGGAGUUGAAUCGCACCUCCUUCCAGGACCCCGAGCUGCCGGUCCCCCUCCGGAGGUCUGAGGACAUAAGGGGGAAGAGGGCGGUUCUGAUCGGGGAGGUGGUGAACGGGGGUCCCCUGCCCAGCCCGCCCCAGCACGCCCCCGUCUGCAGCUUCGACUCCCGCAACAAGUACCGCGGCGACGUGCACCUGGCCGACCCCGCCCACAAGGGGGCCCUGCUAGGAGCUGUCCCACAGAAGCAGGGGACGGGGCCACCGGAGCUGCGGCCCCUGAUGGACCUGGAGGUCAGAGCCCCGCCCAAACCCAGGCCGUCGCCGCCAGAGCCGCGGAGCGAGCCGGAGCCGGGAGAGCUUCCCCAGGAGGCCGUGACCUCCGACCUCCAGCAGCCUUUCCCUCCUAUUGGCCUACCUCAGCCCGCCCGACCCCCGUCGCCGCCGCCCAAGCCCGAGCCUGUCUACACUGACCAGGACAUCGCGGCGGAGCUGGAGUCCGUCCUGGAGGAGGUUUUGGAGACGGAGUGCUCCGAGCUGGCCGGCACGGCUACGCAGUACGUCUCCACCGCGCUGAGCGUGUGCGACAGCCAGGUGGAGGCGCUGGUGAGCGAGGUGCUGGAGCAGGUGCUGGGGGAGGUGUGCGCCUCCGAGGUCAGCGCGGAGAAGGAGAGGAAGGCGGAGGAGAGGAGGAGGCUGGAGGAGGCCAGGAGGAAGCAGGAGCGCGAGCUGCUCCUGGACCGGUUCAGCGAGGCGCUCUGCGCCGAGAUCAGCCAGGAGGUCCUGACCGAGUGCAUCGAGGACGCGGCCGCCUCCGAGAUCAGGCGUGCGCAGGAGGAGAAGGCGGAGUGCGUCUCCCGCAGCUCGGAGGAGGUGUGCGGCAGCCUGGUGGAGGAGACGCUGCUGGGCGAGAUCUCCCUGGUCGCUCAGGAGGUGCUGGAGGUGGAGCUCAAGCGCAUUCACAAGUUCCUGAAAAGGUGGCGCGACGUGGUGGCCGUGCGCAGGCAGCUGAAGAGGCAGAUGCGGGGCUUCCCCGCCGCUCCCUGCUACGUGGACCUGCGCUUCAAGCUCAAAGCUCUGCUCCCCAGCGCCCCGUCCGCCCCCUGCCUGGACCAGCUGGCCCGCGGCGUGGUCGACCUCGGCAACACGGGUCACAUGACCGUGUCCUGCACCAGAUUACUGAAAAUGAGGCAAGAAACAAUCCACCAGAUGAGAGUACAGCACUACUACCGGCUGUUACUGAGUGAGUCGGUGUGGACCCCACUGGACCUGCCCCGCCUUGUAGUGGAGAACGUUUCGCACUCGACCGACAGAAUCUUCUGGAAGGCCGCUCUCCUGUUGCCCAGCAACCAGGAGAGCGAGGCGAACAUAGCCUGCAGGAUUUUGACCGAUUGGCUGGAGGCCAAGUUCAGCGGGGACGAGCGGUCAUGUGACCCAGCCGCAGAGCAGGGGGCUAAGAUGGAGACUCUCUCCAUCAGUAACGAGCUCGUGAGCUCCCAAGAGCAGACUCACAAAGUUCACGUGUGUGUUAAGGUGGCCCGGGGGCCCCUGAAUGAGGAGGGCCAGGCUCUGCUGGAGACGCAGAAGGACCUGCAGGGCACCAGCGCCCUCGUGCUGCUCCUGCCCCCGCUGCUGGGCUCCAGGGAGGAGAGCCCGGAGGAGCAGGAGGAGCAGGAGGAGGUGUUCCUCAUCUCCGCCGUCCUGCAGCUCCGUCAGCUCCAGCAGGCCAGCGCCGGGAUGCCCGCCCUCCCGCUGGCGGUGGUGGUGCCUGAGCGGAGCGAUCGGCCAAUCAGCGAUCAGAAACUGGAGGAAGAUCUGUUUCUGCCAGCAAUGGUGGAGGACGGGUUGAUUUCUGAGUUUGUGUUCGUACACAUCCCUGAGACCACCAGCGACCUGCAGGGCUCUGAACAGAUCGGCCAGGCAGUGCAGUGGCUGGCCGCUCGCUCCCCAGCCCCGGUCAGCCUGUGCUCUCAGACGCUGGUGCAGUUCGUGGAGGGCGGUCUCUGCCGCGAGUUCGGCUCCAGGCUGCACCAGGACAAGCAGGACAGGGAGGGGGCGGGGCUCCCCUGCCAGGAGCCCGCCCCCAUCGUCGACCUCUACAACAGCGCGCUGCGCUUCCUGUCCGGCCUGCUCUCGUCCGACGGCCUGGCGGGGCUCUCCUGGCCCCUGGCCGAGUUCUGCCUGCCGGGGGCCGGCGGCCUGCUGCCCCCCCUGGGCUGGAACUCCCCCGAGCACCUGGCCUGGCUGCAGAGGGCCGUCCUGAGCCUGCAGAUCCCCGAGUGGGACCUGCCCCCCGCCUCGGCCCCCUGGCCCCGGCUGUGCGCCUCCAUCUUCCAGUACGCGUCCCAGAUCCCCCUGUCCCGCCACAGCCAGCCCCUCCUCAUGUCCCGCCUGGAGAACCUGCUGGGGCGCGUUCUCGCUCGCUGCCAGCAGGGGGCGCCUCCUCCCUCGGGGGCCGACGAGGAGGGCCACGGCGGGGGGCUGUCCUUCCGCCAGGUGCCCUGGGACGAGAUCCUGGUGCUCUGCAUCGACCACCGGCUGAAGGACUGGCGUCCCCCGGAGUCCCCCCUGUCCGAAGAUGCCAUUACGGAGGACGGGGAGAUCCUGGUGUACUUCCAGAAGGACAGACUGACGGACUUCAGCCCCCCGAGCAGCUGGACCGCGGCGGUGGCUCAGACUCACCGGGACACGCAGCAGGAGGCCGAUCGGGCCGCGCCCGUCUCGGGGCAGAGUCCCACGCCCGCCCCGGCUACGCCGCGUCUCCGGCAGAGGCUCUUCCACAGCCCGCCGCCGACUCCGCCCCCCCGCGCCACGCUGGACAUCACCCACACCCCCUCCCCCCGAGAGCUGCUGCCGCAGCGCGUUCUCUCCGACCUGCAGGAGGAGAAGAGCCGGAGCCAGAGGUUUGAGGAGCAGCUGCAGUGCUGGUUGGAGAGGGAUCCCAUGGACACUUUCUCCAUGCCUGCCUUCAUGCCUUCCUCGCUCAUCUCUGUCCCCGAAAUGAUGACACCCGCCCCUAAAGCCAGCGCUGUCUGCACUGCACACGCUCAGGAGAUUGACAGUGAUGCCCAUGGAGACGGUUUGGAGAGCGGCAGUCUGAGAAGCAGGCCGGUGUCUAUGGCCCAGAGACUGAAAGAGCUCCACAGACUGAUUUCAGUUAGCCAGAGUGAGGAGCUGGCCUGUGGGCUCCAUCUGAACAGCCUUCUGGAGAUUGUGGAGGACUGACUGUCCCAUCAGCCCCCUGUCUCACACACUCCUGCGGCUCAGAGCAGGACUGCCACUCGUCACCCCGAUUUCAGGAGCUGUGCCCGCAACGUUGCAUGAAUACCAUAGAUUGUAUAUUUAAUAAUCAGUUUGUCCUAAAUGUAGCCAAGCUGAAAUUAUUUUAAAAUACUUGAAAUGCUUUUCAUUAUGAGAACAUUUAUUACUCCAAGGCAGAUGACACUGGUUGCUACUAGAGUUGCUUGAAAAUGUCAUCAGCAUUGUACAGAAAAUUAGGGAAUGGUGUUAUUCACACUUAAUGUUUGAAGCCCUCACCCAAUAGGACAUUUUUCUUCAGUACAAAAUAUUUCACAAGAAAGUAUUUCCUGUCAACUUACUACAUUACUAAUCAUUGGCCUCUAAUAAACAAAUAGAUUAAUUUGUUAAUUAAUAGAAGUUUAAUUUAGGAGGUGAAUGUCUGCUUUUGGUGCCAUUUUUUAAUAUGUUCAAGAUAAUAUUUUUCUUGUGUUGGAAUAAAGUUUGUCUUUAUUUUUUUUUGGAAUAAAGAUAGUCUUCUAUA